UAUGAAAACUCAACCGAUUUAUUGUGUGAUAAGCAAUAAAAUUAAUUAAUAUAAAUCACAAAAUAUUAUAUUGUGAUUAAAACACAAAUUAAUAGUUUAAAUUUAAGUAAUUAUAAUAAUGUCUGGUCAUAAAAUCCGGAUCGGUAUCAUAGGCGGUGGUUCGUCGGGUGCGGCGGCCUGUAAGGCGUGUCUGGAGGAGGGCUUUGAGCCCCUGGUGUUUGAGAAGAGCUCAUAUACGGGUGGUUUGUGGCGAUACCACGACGAGGACAUCGAUGGCGUGGCGUCUGUCGCCAAGUCUACGAUCAUUAACACAAGCAAAGAGAUGUCCGCCUAUUCAGACUUCCCGCCGCCCGCGGAGUUCCCUAAUUAUAUGCACAAUACAAAGAUGGUGAAAUACUUUGAUUUAUACGGCGAGACCUUUGCUUACGAGAAGUACGUGAAGUUACGCCACGACGUGAUUGGUUUGGAGCAAAACGGCGACUACGAGAGCACCGGGCGAUGGAAACUGACGGCAAAAGACAACAACAACGAGGGAAAAGUUACUGACUAUGUGUUCGAUGGUGUGAUGAUCUGCACCGGACACCACGUUCAGCCACAGGUGCCCACAUUCAAAGACCAGCACCUAUUCAAUGGACAGAUAGUGCACACCCACUCAUACAAACGGCCCGAUCCGUACGUAGACAAGCGGGUAGUCGUGGUAGGAGUUGGCAACUCGGGUGGGGACGCAGCUGUUGAGCUGUCCUCCGUGUCCGAUAAGGUCUAUCUGUCAACACGUCGUGGCACGUGGAUAUCAAACCGUGUGGGCCCGAGUGGCCAGCCAUCGGACACCAGUUACAUCCGGCGCCACACAAACCUACUGUUUAAAUACCUGCCCUACUCUACCAUCUGUUCAAUGCUGGAAAGCGGUGCCAAUAAGCGUAUAGAUCACGAGAAAUACCAGUUAAAGCCCAAACACCGGAUACUAUCGCAACACGUGUUUGUGAACGACGCCCUCCCGAACCGUAUACUCUCCGGCACUGUUGUAGUGAAGGGCGAUAUCAAUAGGUUUACACACAAUGGUGUUAUCUUUGAG